AUGGGAAACCCUCCAUCUGCAACCAUACAUCUGAACUUCUUGGUAUUUGAUGAAAGCGUUCUGCCGCUGGACGCCGACGUCUGGGAAGAGGAGACUUUCGACCUGGCCAAGACAACCACUAUCUGCGAAUUAGAGCAAAGCAUCAAGCUGCGCGUCAUCCAGAACUUGCAACAAGACCGGACGCUAGUCUCGAUCCUAAAGCUUCAGGACCUACUCCUCGUCUUCUCCAUCAAGCAGGUGGCAUCAAACUCCGAUCCACCGGACACGAAUCUGACCAAAGACCGCGUUCGCCUCCGGACGAUAUCAGACUUCUUUGACGAUUCGCAUGCGCCCGAUCAAGCUCUCUAUAUUCCUUGCGAGAUUGAUGUGGCUUACCGGCCGCAACCAGCGGAGCGACAACCGGAUCGAAGGAUAAGCGAUGUCUCCGUCAAGUUGGACUGCGACAACCGUGUAGUCCACUUGCGAGAGCUGCACCAGGAUUACGACGAUCUUGAAUACGUCUUCGCGCGCUUCGGAUCUGUGCAGGCCCAGGAGAGUUCGGAAGAUGAGGUAGCUACGUCAAGCCCUACGAAGGCCGUCGACGUCCCGGCGAACAGCACGCUGGUUCCACGCGUGCAGGCGCUGAUCGGGUACUAUUACAAAGGCACAGAGGACUCUUCGCUGGACCUGACACUGGCAACGGUACCCUGUUGGAACUUUAGCGACUACUGCAUCGGCGACUGCAUAUAUGAGGACGUACAGCACGAGUUCUCCACGGAAGACAACUACCUACUACCAUAUCGCAACGUUCAGUACCGCAGCGAGCUGUACAACCGUCUGCGCAGGCGGCGGAGCAAGGCCCAGGGAGAUCCAGAUUCAGGCGUACCGUUCAUGCCGCAGCACACUCACAAUCGCUACGAUCCUACGACCUUCGGUCUUGGCGUCGACGAAGCGCAUGCCGACGUCGUGAUCAUGUUCUCCAACAAGCUACCACCUCAGAAUUCCGGAACACCACCACUGCAUCUCCCCCACAGCGCACAAUACCGCUUCGACCACGAAGAAACCGCCGCCGACAUCCGCGAGCGCUUGCUGGAGGACUUACAGCAGAAGGACAUCUGGUGGCCCGAGAUCAAUGCGCACACAGUGCUGUACAGCCCACCACUUCGAGAUACCUGGGAGCUGCAGCUUUGGGUGCUGCCGCAGCCGAAGUAG